AUGCAACAUGGACAAAAACUGAGUCCAUCAAAAUCAGGAGAAGCUAAUAACGAAUUUCAUGAAUCAUCACGAAGGGGUCUACAUCACAGUAAUUCAUAUCCACUUACACAGCCUCGGUCAUUAAGAAAGAGGGAUUUUGAGGUUCAAGGUUCGGAUGCACUUGCACGUUCACGUUCACUGAAUUGGACCUCACCGUCGACAUCAGUAUUGAGAAAUAUAAAGGCUCUAAUUACACCAGUACUGCUUUCGCCAGUUUUGGAAAAACUAAGAGCUGCGGUAUCAAAAAAGCCAAAAAAGGAUUCUGAAACAUCAGGAUCUGAAAAUUUUCAUACAUUAUUACCUGGAGUAGCUACGUCGCCAUCGAUGGCAGAGCAAGAGCGUAGUAACAUACCAAUAUCACAAACUACAGUAAGACUUGCAAAAACAUCGAUAGAAGGCGACGCAAAUUCACAAGGCUUAAACUUGAGUGGGGAAAUGCAACCGACAAAGGAUUUGGAAUUAUGUGAAUCAUCACAAGAUGCAGGAUUAGGAAAUGAAAGAAGUCGACAACAAAGACUUUUACACUUUCUCUGUACACCAUCACCCCAACGGAGAAGUUCACCACCGGAUUUAUCAUUAAAUUUUUCCUUAUCAGAUCAGGAUUCACCUAAUUUGGAAAGAGAAGCUUCACCGCAACGAAUGCAACCUCAGAAUUCCAGUAAUUCACCUCGGCAACGUGCGGAGUCAGCGGAUGUAAGGUUGCAAAUUUCACCACAACGAGGACAUCGUCUGGAUUUGGAAAUGUGGUCACAACAACAUGCAGUAUCACUUAAUCGUAGAUUGGGUGUGCCACCACGAUAUCGGCAAAUACGACCACGACGAAGACACGCAGAAUCACCGGAUUUAGGAUUGGAAAUUUCGCCACAACGUCGAGAACCAAAUAUCCGUUUGUCAGCACAGCGAAAUCGGUCACCGGAUGUAGUACUAAAUUUAGUACGGCGAGAUACUGAAUCAACAGAUUUAGGAUUGGAUUUAUCAAAUAGUUCAAAUUCAAAUUCUGCGGAAGAAUUAUCACUAAACCUAGAUAUGAUGUUCAGUUCGCCAUCAUCAGUGGUCGAUGCGGAAAUACGUGAUUUGAAGACUGAAAAACAGCUGCAACAUGGGGAGUCGUCAUGUGUACAGCCAUCACAUGGAUCCAGCUCAGAAGUACCACAAAAUCGAGGAGAAACUUCAGAGCUGCAACACCAGCAACGUUUAUCAGCAUUAUGUAACGAUAUGACGUCACCCCAGUUAGGAAUGCCAUCAGUGGUACGAUUUACAGUAUCACCAGAUUCUGGAACACCAUCACCGACACAACGUGCAUCAGCAGCAAAUUCGAAAACGCCAUCGCCAGAACAGUGUUCAACAUCACAAAGAUUACGUAUGUUACAAAAACGUCGAAAUACAAUGCCAAGGUUCUUAAGAGAUGUGUUAUCAAUUUUGAAUCCAUCGAAUGCUGGACUAUCACGAUCAGUAGAUGUUUUUGUAAUGACAAAGUCAGGAGUGAAGGUACAAACUAUAACAGCUUCUAGUGGACAUAUUUUUGUGUCAAAUUCCCGUUCGGCAACAGAUGAAGAAUGCUUAAUGAUUGCUAUCCAAAGAGAUAGCAGUAAUAAUACAAGAGAAUGCGACAAAAGCUCUCCAAGAACGCCACAAAAUCGGCGUGAACACUUGAGACAGUUGCACAAAAAACUGCAGCUGGCACCAAGGCAAAGACAUCCGUAUGAAAGAUCUCGGCAAUUAGCAAGGCAGGAGAGACUUCAGCAGGCACCGGAACGAUCGCACGGGAGACUUCAGCAGACACCGGAACCGUCACACGAGAGGCUUCAGCAGACACCGGAACCAUCACACGGGAGGCUUCAACAGGCAUUGCACGACGAAAGACCUCAACGGGCACCGAGAACUCAUACAAGUCGUCGAGAUUCAGACUCCAUGCAAGACUCAUUUUGCAGUUGCAAUCAUUGUUUUGAUAUAAUCGUCGAUUUGUUGCAGCAUGAUUAUAUAUUAUAUAUUAAUCCUGAUGAUGGUCAGUAUUGUAUUCAGUACUGA